AUGGUCAUCUUUAAGUCGCUGCAGCCGGAUAUUGACCUGCCGAAAGACUUAACAGUCUGGGAUUGGGCAUUUGACUCUCCCUACUCGCCCUUGAGCCGCUUUCCCGAGUCUGAACUCCGCGGCUUCCAGAAUGCCAUCACGAAAGAGCGCAUUAACUGGAAGGAUGUCAAGGAGUGCACAACCUACCUUUCGACCGCGUUAGUCAAGAAUUAUGGGCUGAAGGAGGGCGAUACGGUUGCGCUGUUCAGUCGGAAUACGAUAUGGUAUCCUGUAGCCAUGCUGGGCACGUUACGCGCCGGUGGCAAAGUGUCAGGAGCAUCACCAGCCUACAACGUUGAAGAGAUGACCUACGCGCUCAAGACAGCCGAUGCGAAGUUCCUAAUGACCGCACCGACGUCAAUGGAUGUAGCCGUAGCAGCAGCCAAAAACGCUGGCAUACCUAAAGAGAACGUCUUCCUCCUCGAAGACCAACUAGAGGGCUACACGACCAUCAAGGAGCUCAUUGAGAUGGGGAAGAGCUACGGAGCCAGCGGGCAGACCCCAGCCUUCAAGCUCCCAACGGGCAAGAAGAACAAGGACGUCUGCGGUUUCCUGAGCUUCAGCUCUGGAACGACGGGUCUGCCCAAAGCCGUUAUGAUAUCCCACCAGAACGUAAUAGCGCAAUGCCUCCAAGUCCAGCAAAUAACGCCCACCUCGCACAACAAAAUCCUCGCCGUCCUCCCCCUCUUCCACAUCACCGGUCUCGUGCACGGCUUGCACCUCCCUAUCAUUCUCAACGCCGAAGUGAUCAUGCUCCCCUCCUUCACCAUGGAGUCGAUGCUCUCGACAAUCGUCGAAUACCAGCUCGGGGAGCUGCUCCUCGUCCCCCCCAUCCUGAUCCGCCUCGUCCGCGACCCAAUCGUGGACAAGUACGACCUGCGCCACCUGACACGCUUCUCGAGCGGCGCGGCGCCGCUGAGCGAGGAAAUCAUCCAGCUGCUGAAGAAGAAGUUCCCUGGCACGGGGUUUAAGCAGGGCUAUGGCAUGACGGAGAGCUGUAGCUGCAUCACUGCGCAUCCGCCGGACAAGUACGACUACAAGUACGCGCAUUCGGUGGGGUCCAUUGUUGCGUCGACGGAGGUCAAGAUCAUCACUGAGGAGGGUAAGGAGGCUGGGGUGGGUGAGCCGGGGGAGAUUUUGGCAAGGGGCCCGCAGAUUGUCAUGGGCUAUUUGAACAAUGAGAAGGCGACUAGGGAGACGUUUGAUAAAGAGGGGUUUCUGCAUACGGGUGAUCAGGGCAUGAUUGAUGAGGAGGGUAUGGUGCAUAUCCUAGAUAGGAUCAAGGAGAUGAUCAAGGUGAAGGGCAUUGGUGUUGCGCCGGCGGAGCUGGAGGAUCUGCUGCUGGGACACGAUAUGGUGGAGGAUGUGGCUGUGCUGGGGAUGAAGGAUGAUUAUGCGGGCGAGUUGCCGAAGGCGUUUGUGGUGCUCAAGGCUGGUGUAUCGGAGAACGAGAAGACGGCGAAGGAGCUGUUGGCGUUUGUGAGGGAGAAGAAGACCAAGUACAAGUGGGUCAAGGAGAUAGAGUUUAUUAAGGAGAUACCGAAGAGCGCGAGCGGGAAGAUUUUGAGGAGGCUAUUGAGAGACAAGAAGAGUGGGGCAGACAAAGCGGUCGUGGUUAGGGAUGCGGUGGGUGAGAAGGCCAUGUUGUAG